AAAAAUAAUCUCAAAUAAAACAAAGUGGGGCUUUAGUUUUUCUGGAAAAAUCCCUAAUAAAACUUUUCCAAAUGUUUGAGAAGAAGAGCGACAAGGUAAAGCAGGCUGAGCACAAGCCGCGGGAAGAUGGCGUGGAACUGGAGAGCCAGUUCAUCAUGCGGGUGCCAAAGGAACUGGCCGACACUGUCCAUGAGGCAAUAAAUUCGGGCACCGUGAAGGAUCGGCUGACCAUCCAACUGGAUCAGGACCUCAGGUACGGCGAAGUACGCCUGGAUGACCAACUACUCUACACCAAACUGGUGGACCUGCCCACUGUCGUCGAGAGCUACAAGACCAUCGACAACAAGAGUUUCUACAAGUCGGCAGACAUCUGCCAGAUACUCAUCUGCAAGGAGGAGCCGGAGGACGAGACGGAGAAGGAGUCGCCCAACAAGAACAAGAAGAAGGAUCCCAACAAGGUGGACAAGAAGUAUCUGUUUCCACAUGGCAUCACACCGCCCUGCAAGAACGUGAGGAAACGCAGAUUCCGCAAGACUCUUAAGAAGAAGAAUGUCGAAGCCCCUGAAAUCGAGAAGGAAGUGAAGCACUUGCUGCGCAUCGAUAAUGAAGCAGUGAGGGUCGACUACGAAAUUAUCAACGAGGAGGAUAAGCCCAUGGAUGACCUGGAUCAAUCGGACAUCAAGCCCUACAACGAUGCGGAUGAUGAGAUGCAGGAUGAAACCACCAUGCACGCCAGCGACAAGACAGCCAUGGAAAUAAGCUCUCAGCGGGACAUCAAUGUGGAGUCCGAUGAUGACGAAGCCAGCAACUUUCCCUCCCACCGUGCACCCAACAUGGGCGUGGCUGCCCACGACAUCUUUGGAGAGGAGGUGUCCACCACCGAUGACGAAGAUGAGCCAGAACGCGGCAACAACACCAUGCAGCGGCGUGAAAUGGAGGAAUCCUCCCGCCUCUCGGCGGAUGAUUCACGCAUGUCGGACUUCUUUGGUGCUGGUGGCAGUAAUGCCGGAGCCAGCGGCCUGAAAAUGGACCACAACGAGUUCAGCAAGUCCAUGUUUGGCCAUGAAGCAAGCAGUCCCAAGCUAAGCGCCGCCGGUUCUAGUUCCAACCUGGCUGCUCCCAGUGGCUUCUAUGACAAUCAGAUGCUGACCAAGCGAGAGGAGUUUGAGAACAUGGAGUUCAUGGACGAGCCACAGCCGCAGUACUCACAGCAACAGGUGCACCAGAAGAUCAGUCAACUGACGCGGCAGAUCAGCGAGCUAAAGGCGCAGCAGGUGCAGAAGUCCACAGAAAUCGCCUCCAUCCAGAAUGCCACGCUGAAGCAACGAAUGCAAGAAACUCUUGACAAUCUCUACGCGCAGAUCAUUGAAAGAGAAAUGGAGCGCAAGGACUUUGAGAAUAUGCUGGAGUCUUGAGGGGAAUGUAGAAUUUAAUUCGUAGACUGUAUGUUCGUAGGCUAUAUUAAAAUAAAAUUUAAAGCUAAUUAAUCAUACAACUCAGUAGGCUAAAUGUUAAUCUAAAACUGGGCAACGACAUAUGUUAUGCCAAGAAAUUCAGCUCACUCAUUGGUACAUUUUCUUCAUAACUGAUAAGCUAUAGGUAGCACAACACAAUAAUUAGCUACAAAGUUAUUAAAUAGUGACUUAUCAAUUAAUAAUCUUUAUUCUGCAGAAUCAUAUCAUACUCUUGAAAUCCAUGACCUGUAUAUGAAAUUACUGCGUUGACCAUUGGCAUCGGCUGAUUGAACAAGCAGAUACCUUGGCCUGGACUAGACGGUAUCGAAUAAGUAACUCCAUAUCUUCAAUGCCACAUCUUUAAAUUUCAUGUGUAAAAUAAAGACAAAUGUUGAACCCUGGUACGAUCAUA